UGUAAAUUUCUCUCUUCCCUCGGUGAUAUUUCAUUUUUGGCAAAUCUUCAUUCACGACAAGUUCUGCUAAAUUCAUAAACUGCUAAAAAUGAUAAUUAUAUCAAAAUGCACGGUUGUUUACAAUCCCGCUAUUAUAUACUGUGUUACGUAAACAUUCAGUUGGUAAUCUGUAGCGGGAAACAUUUUAAUUAAUUAAGCGAGCGUUUUAGAUAGGAUAAUUUUGUCGUUGUGUUAAACAAGUAAGAUUACAUUAUAAACGAAUCGUAAGGUACAUAUUAGAAUAUGUUUAAUGUUGGAUUAUCCCACAGCGGAUUAGCAAGGGCUCAAAAUCUACGGAUUACCUCAACAUGGUGUUAAAAGUGUACGGACUGAAUUGUACGGCAGUGUGAAAUUACGUGACGCCGUGAACAAAGUGGAUUUAAAGUAUACGUAAUAUUUUUGUGGGGAAACAAUACAAUUUACAAUAGAUAAUAAGUGUCACAUUUUUAGUAGGGCCACGUGUGUAUAUUGAAUGUUAAGAUGCGUUGAAAAAAAAAGAAAAAAAGUUAGUAUACAAAAAUGUGAAAAUAGAAAUACACGCAUAAAAGUAGACCAUAGAUUUAUGAGAAAAUAUUAUUAAUCUAAUAGGUACAUGGAAUUUAAUCGGAGUACGGUUUUCUGUCACUUAUAUUUUCUGUCACUUUAGUUCUAUUAUAGAAGUAACAAAAAAAUUAAAGACUUUAAAACAAACCUAUAAUAAUGUGAAACAAGUAAGACACACAGUGUUCCUAAUUGGUAUAGGAUAAUUAUAUAUAUUAAUUUUAAUGUUUCUAAAAAUAUGUAAACACAUUGUUAAAAACAAAACAGCAGUGAUAUGUGAUGACAAAAUUCAUUCAUGAUGAAUACUGGUGGAUAUUACGGGAUAUGAAUUCCCGACGACAGUGGUGAAAAUUUGAAAUUAAAUUUAAUAUUAAAAAUGACUUCCUUUGUAUAAAAGUCUGUGAUAAAAUGUUACUUAGAUCUUGGAUAUGCCUGUUAAUAUUCCCGUAUAUGGCUGCGUCGGCGUCGGCGAAUUCCAUGUCGGUGUCCCAGAUUCAGGAGACAGGGAAGGUUUUAUUUCGGGCGUUACGUGACAGUGAGUGCAAGGUCAAAUGUAAAAGUCGGAGACCCAGAAUAAUGUGCGGAUCUGACGGAGUAUCAUACCAUUCCAAAUGCGAAGUAAAACGAGCACGAAGAUGCGAGGGCAAAAACGUCGUCAUCAGAUGGAAGGGGAAAUGUGCAGAUGAAGAUGUCCCUAUGACGAAAUGUUUUCAAGAAAGAGAGGAGGCCAUGACGUCCGUCAGCAAAGGUGACGUCAAAAAUGUAUUUAUCCCAGAGUGCAAUGCAGACGGUACUUAUGCGGAAGUUCAGUGUCAUAGCGCUUCCGGUUUCUGCUGGUGUGUAGAAUCCGACGGGAAACCUUUCCCGAGAACGUCUACUAAAGAUGAUAGACCUAACUGUAAAGAUAAACAGAAAAGAAAUCCACGGCCGCCCAAACCGCCAAAACUUCCAGAUAACGGAGGAAAACCUGGUCGUAAGAAACCCCCAAAACCCGAAAAAAAUAAAUCGAAAAGAUGUUCUAGUCAUGAAAGGAAAAAGUUUAAUUCUAAUUUAGUAAGAGUGUUUACUGAAGAAUACAAUAGGUCCGUAAAGGCUUUUCCAAAUACCAGACCAAACGAGUUGGAUCCACUAAUGGAACCUUUAGAAAAACAAGUUGUGGAAUGGAAAUUUUCACAUUAUGACAGUAAUAACGACGAUCUCCUACAACGUAAAGAAGUUAGUGCGCUUAGACGCUUAGUUAAAAAGUUUAUUAAACCUAGAAGUUGUGCAAAACGUUUUUUAAAAUUCUGUGACAAGGAUAAAGAUAAGCUUAUAAAGAGACAGGAGUGGUCGAUCUGCCUUGGUGUGGAUAUAAAUAUUUCUUUUCGCUUGUUUGUCUCUCUCAACUCAGACGACCAGGACAAGACUACGCAUGCGCCGGAAGUGAAAACAACAGGUGAAAGUUUAGACUUAAAUAAGCUUCUAACUAAGAAAUCAUCUUCGUCAUCAUCAUCCUCAUCAUCUAACAACGGUAGGUCAGACAAGGGCGAGAUCGAGAGACCGGCCUUCCCCUCGCUCCCCAUCAACGUUGAUAAAACAUGGACUGAAGCCAUUCGUCCUACGCCUAUCAAGGAACCCAGACCAAAUAAACAGGCAAAUGAUUGUCGGACAGACAGGGAAUCUGCUUUAGAACAAGAAAAAGACAACCCGAAAGCAGGUAUUUUUGUUCCUAAGUGUACACCGGAAGGGAAGUGGAGUCGCGCGCAGUGCCAUGACGCAACCGGAUAUUGCUGGUGUGUGGAGGAAAAUUCGGGGCGUCCUAUUACUGGAACAUCCACACAUGGUGAACAUCCGAAAUGUGAUUUUGAUGCUGAAAGAAAUAUACCAGGAUCUGUCUCCAUAGGAUGUUCAUACGCAGAGAAACAGAACUUCCUGGCUGAUCUUCUCGCCACACUGACCCAGGAGAUGGCCCAGUAUGCACUCAACAACAGAACUGAUCACAGUGCUUUGGUUGUAGACCCUAACCAAACAGUACACGAACGUGCGGUCCACUGGAAAUUUAACGUUUUGGACACCAACAAAAAUCAGGAUUUGGAAAAUUCAGAGUUGGAAAUUUUCCGAGAAACGUUGAAGAGUGCACAAAAGAAGGCGACGAGAAAAUGUGCUCGCAAAUUCGUGCGUUUUUGUGAUGAGGAUGGAAAUAAGAAAGUUUCAAAGCAAGAAUGGGUCGAUUGCAUGGGAAUAACACGAAAUAUCAGUAUCAAGCUGCCAUCGCACCCAAAGAGAACAGGGCAGAAUCCAUUUGACCAGUAUUUAAGAGAUACCUAGUGUUUAAAGGCAUUUAGUAUUAUAUUACAGUUAAAUAUUUAAGACAACAACAUUGUUGAAUAAGUGAUAUUUUAAAACUGUAUUUUGUCAAAAACAACAUUCAGCUCUUCAGUUGGAGAUAGAAAAAGACAUUCGUGUAGCUGUCCUUGCAAUGCCAUUGCAACAAUUAUGGCUGUUUUGUGCCUAUUGACGUUGGAGCGUUAUGACAAUGGAAUUGUCGGAAGGAAAAUCAACAUCGUUCAUUUCAUUUCUUCGCAAAUGUUAGAUAAAUCUGACGUCACUUAUAUUUUACAGUGAAAAGUGAUCUGGAAACAUUUUAUCUUAGUAAAUAUUAAAAUAACAACACAUGUGUACUCGCAAUUACGCCAAUGCCACAGUGUCCGUUGUGAUCGGGAAUAUUUCAUGCCAGAAACUUAAUAUUGCAGACAUUUUGCAAUGGGCAUGUCUAGGUAACUAUUUCAGUGAACUUGCAUCCAUACUUUUAUCUUAAGACAGAAACUUGUUACAUUGAUGUCAAGGUUAAUGUAACGAUGCUUGUGAUCUGGUGUUGUCCAAGGAUAUAUAAUAGUGAAAUAUGCGGUAUAUAUCUUAAAGAAAAUUUGACAGUGUUGUGUAACGUCGGUGACAAAUCUAUAUCUAGUUUAUAAAGUUUAUAUUUUCAGUUUUCGUCCGCACAAGCAAACAUAUAUCUGUGGCGCUAUUAAAUAUAUUACUUUCAAGCCUCGAGACGACAAUUUUACUGUACUUUGUGCACAGUGCAUGUUUACCGUUUAAUAAAUCAAAUAAAUCUUCGGACGUAUGCACUGAUGACAAAAUUAUUCUGACAAGGAAUUUAGAGAAUUGUGUGUGAAUAAAUAUGUUCUGACAAUAUUUCCAGUUUUUGGAAUGCUUGAUAAUGAAAAUCAUUUACCAUUUACAAUAAAUUACAUUUAAGCAUAUGUUACAGUAGUUCACGAUAUGAAAUUGUGCUUAGUGCAUUAGUACAGUGGAUUAAUUUAUCCUGACGAAAAGUAGACAUUUAGAAUACAGUCUACCUGCCUGACAAGACCAUCUAUGGUAGUAGGCCGUUAUUGGCAGGUUUUUAGUAAGGUUAUGUGUACACUUUAAAUGAUCAAAAGGGAAACUAAAAUGCUGGUCUUAAUUACGAAAGACCGUAGGCACAUUUAAACUUUAUAAAUUCACGAUUUAAACGUCAUAAAUUCAUGAUUUAAACUUCAUGAAUUCACGAUUUCAGCUUCACGAAUUCACGAUUUCAACUUCACGAAUUCGUGAAUUUGAAAUCGUGAAUUAAUAAAGUUUAAUUCCUGAAGUUUAAUUCGUGAAUUUGUGAAAUAAAAAUCAUGGAGCUAAAAUUGUGAAAUGGAAGUCGUGAAUUCUUGGAGCUAAAUUUGUUUAUUCGUGCAGUUGAAAUAUGAGUUCUAGAAGCUCACCUCGUGAAUUCGGUAUGUUGAAAACGUGAAGUUAAAAUUGUGAAGAUGAAAUCGGGAAUUCAUGAAGUUGAAAUGUCCCCACAGGUCUUUCGUACCUAACCAUUAACCUGCUGAAUUUGAUUUGUGUCAUGAAUUUGCCAUGCUUUGAAAUUGGAACAGGUCAUUUGUAUUGUUGGGUUUCAAGUCACGCCGAAACUGUAAUUGUCAUAUAGCAAAAUACCAGCAUGACUGGUAGGGGAAAACCUCAGAUGACCCUCCGAGCAUUAUAUCAGGCAGAGCGGACACCCGAGUAGAACGACCAUUCAAACUUUAGAUGAUUAAAAUUAAAACACAAAAAAAUUGAACUCCCUACAAUUAAGAGUCUGGUGAGAAUGCACAGGAAAAUCCUGGUGAGAAUGCACGGGAAAAUGACUUUCGGUUCUAUCAGGUCAAGGUUGAGUGUCGGGUUUACUGCCUAUGGUUAAGAUCUGAGGGUUGUUUUAAAAACAGGUUUGACAAUACUGAAAAUAGUGAAUUUGAAUUUUCUGGUGGCAAUGCUUUAAAAUGUACAAAAAAUUUAUUAUAUAUUACACAAUCAUUUAUUGACAUUGUUAAAUUGAUUUCAUAUAUAUGUAUAAUGCUUUAGAAUUUUUAAAAUUCUGUGGUGAUAUUGUAAUCGGUAAGGUUGGAGGUGAUACUCCCUAAAAAUGCCACAUGUAAAAGUGUCACAUUUCAGUUAAAUGUGACACAAACUUCUGUCAUUUUUUCAAUCAUAUUUUGUUUAGGAAAUAAUUAUAGCUCCGCUGUUUUAUUUAGAAAUAUUUACCAUGUCAUGUGAAGUGUUAUAUUGUGUCAAAUUGACUUUCUUGGAACAACAUGUCACAAUUAAGGUAAUACUUGUGUAAUAUUACUUCACACAGUGUCAUAUGGAUUAUAACUUAAAAUAAUUUAUUUCCUCACAAGUAAUGAGAAGAAAAAUUGAGCCGUGUCACGACAAAACCAACAUAAUGUGUUUGCGACCAGCAUGGAUCCAGACCAGCCUGCGCAUCUGCGCAGUCUGAUCAGGAUCCAUGCUGUUCGCUUACAAACUCUAUAACAAGUAGAGAAACUGAUAGCGAACAGCAUGGAUCCUGAUCAGACUGCGCGGAUGCGCAGGCUGGUCUGAAUCCAUGCUGGUCGCAAAGCCAUUAUGUUGGUUUUGUCGUGACACGGCUCAAAUAAUGACUACCAUUUCCUUGAAUUUAUUCAUAAUUCUUAAUUUAGUUUUGAGAAAGUAUUAAAAAGGUAUAUAUCCUUAACUCUUACACUUCUUUAAUAGAUUCUGCCAGCUUUGAAUUUGGAACAGUUCAUUUGAAAAUUAAGUAGGUUUAAUAUAAAACUACGAAAAUUGAUCUACCAACAGAAUCGAGCCUGGUUAGACUGCCCAGAUGGAAAUCAUGGCCUGGCUCUGUACUGAUGGCAAAGACUAAUAACUUUUGGCUUCAGCAAAUAAAGGGUAAAAUCUUUCAUAAUGCUUAGUUUAAAAAAAAAAUGCUUUCAAAACAGGCCUGUCACUUGCACAGGUUAAUGUCAAUUACAUGUAGCUAUUCCAAAAAGUCAUCUAUAUUAACAUUGAAAAAUUUUGAUUUUGGCAUUUUAUAUUUUGUGUAAUAAUCAUUACCCUUCUGAAUUGUGCAGUGGCCUAGUCCAAAUUUAAGGCAGGUGAGUCCAUUAGUAAUCUAAGGGCUUUCAAUAUCAAAAUGAAAAAAAAAUGAACAGCCAACUGUAUUGCCUAGAUAGGCAGCAUGAAUUGUAAAGCCUAGUAAAAUGGCUGACCUAGCUCUGGCUUCCAGGUUGAAAGUGUUAAUAGUUGAAAGUUCAAAAAUAAAUGUAAGACAUAAAUUCAAAACCAGUUCCAGUACCAGUGGGUGUUGUUUUUUGUUAUUGUUGUUUUCAAAAAUGUUUUUCUUCAUGGAGUGACAGGCUGUCAUAGUUACAGAACAAAUAAAGUUUUCAUAAAAAAAUUAAAUUUAUAAACUGCAGAGCAAAACCUACUUCAAGGACUUUAUACUAAAUUAUUUAACUUUAAAGGCAUAAAUGACAUAGAUUUCUAGUGAUAAAUACAGUGACUGUUACUUUGUUAUUAUUGUAUAGCAUAAGAAUUUAUUCUAUGGUGUUCUUUUAUGGCCAUAACCUUCUUUUGAAAUUUGUUAAGAUGACCAGUAUCAAGCAUAAUUAUAGAAAUAAUAAAAUUUUGCCACUUA